UUGAUUAAAGUCAUAGACUCAUAGUGAUCAUGUCUUCAAAUGUGUCGCCCUCAUCUUUCUUAUUUCUCUCUGUCUGAUCAAAACCUUUGCGAUCAGAAACCAAUUUGCUAAACUUUCUAAAAACCUGGUGGGGAUGGCGGAGAAGAAGCUCAUCGUUGUCGUUCUUGCGUCUCUAUUGUGUCUGAUUGUACCUCUAGCUCGAGCCACGAAAUUUCAUUACUGCGAUACGAGCGCUGUUUAUGACGUCAAGGUUGAAGGAAUUGAAAUAAGUCCUUAUCCUGUCGAAAGAGGCAAGCCAGUGACCUUCACAAUCAAUGCGAAUACAGGUGCAGAAAUCUCUGGAGGAAAAAUGGUGAUGGAUGUUUCAAUUCUUGGAUUCCGCAUCCACUCUGAGACUCAUGACCUUUGUGAGGAGACCAAUUGUCCUGUUCCAGCGGGUGAUUUCGUGAUUUCUCAAUCUCGAGUUUUGCCUCCAUUUACCCUACACGGUUCUCUCACUCUUACAAUGAGCCUAAUGGACGAAGAGUCUCGAGUACUGACAUGCAUUGGCUUUAAGUUUCGCCUUGGAGUUGGAUCAUCUGUGGCAAAUAGUUAGAGCAGCACAGAAGCAUCACUACUGUUUUCAUGAAUUAUUAUAAGAAUUGCCAUUUAUACUGUUGUACCAAAACAUAGCUUUUUCAAAAAUAAACUGGAUUGCACCUUGUCCUGAAGGUGAUAAUCUUUGAUUGCAGAAUAUAUAUAU